CAAACAGUUCUGUUUGUUAUUUUCGUCAGUCUCCCUGGCCAAGGAAGGCGUCGACUUCAGCGGCCCUCCGUCUCCAUCGACCGCUGCCAAAGUACCAGUCGAUUCCAGAAACAAGAUGCCAAGUUUUGAGGUGGGCAGAAAAUUCGAGGGUGAAAGAGAAGAGAAGGAAAGCGGAUUUGAGGAAUGCGCGCUGUGAGUCGGCAGCACUUGAGUGGGAUGGUUUAUUGAGGGGAUCAUGAUACAUGGACCAAUGCUCGAUGCGACUGAUAGGAGUUGGGUGAACAUAAGGCGAAGAGGUCAGACACAUAUUGAUAACUCUGCAGUUUCUUAUAGAGACCUGUUAAUAAAGCAGCUAGCGGCAAGUGGAAGAAGGGAGGAGGAAGAGAACACGCAGCCGCCUUGGUAGGUACCACGGGGCCUACUGUGCUCAUCUGACUGCUUUUGAUCGAGGGAACCGCAACAGAUCAGAUGACAGUUCAUCGGGGGAAUCGAUGUCAACAGACCAGCCGCUUCGAAGCAUCAAGGAAAAUCUUAAGAAUGUAAUGUUGUACUUACUGCAAGUUUGUGGAGGGCUGUAUAUAGGUGCUAGGGGAGCUCGCUUCU